ACCUACUUUUGGAAAAUUUUGGACAACCAUGGAUUCGAAGAACUUCGUUGAUUUUGGUAAAGCAGCGAUCGAUUUCGUGGCUGACUACACAGAGAACUUGAGGAACAGGCCUGUCCUUCCAGACAUUGAGCCAGGAUACCUCAGUCAAUUAUUGCCGAAAGAAGCACCGCAAAAACCGGAAGCUUGGCAGGAAGUGCUGAAAGACGUUGAGCGAUACAUUCUACCGGGGAUGACUCAUUGGGGCUCGCCGCAAUUUCACGCAUUCUAUCCAACAGGGAAUUCAUAUCCUGCAAUCGUGGGUGAGAUUUUAAGCGCCGGACUGACCUGUGUUGGGUUUUCAUGGAUCGCUUCUCCUGCGUGUACUGAACUCGAAGUAAUAACGAUGAAUUGGUUUGGAAAAUUGUUAGGGCUGCCAAAGGAGUUUCUAAACUGCAACGAAGGACCUGGUGGUGGUGUUAUACAGGGAUCAGCCAGUGAGUCUACGCUCGUGUGUUUAUUAGCGGCGAAAGAACAAACGACACGUCGUGUACAACGUUUACAUCCAGAUUGGGACGAAGGCUUCAUCAAGGCGAAACUGGUUGCAUAUACAUCAAAUCAAUCGAAUUCUUCGGUAGAAAAGGCGGGACUGUUAGCAUCGGUUUCCAUGAGACUUUUAUCCACCGACGACAAAUGUGCUCUUCGAGGUGAAACGUUACUCAAGGCUAUUAAAGAGGAUCUGGAGAAAGGUUUGAUACCAUGUUACGUGGUGGCCACCUUAGGUACAACUGGCACGUGUGCCUUCGACGAUCUUGAAGAAUUGGGGCCAAUUUGUAACGAGUAUAACGUAUGGUUGCACGUUGAUGCCGCUUAUGCAGGUGCUGCUUUCGUUUGCCCCGAGUAUCGAUAUUUAAUGUCGGGCGUUGAUUAUGCUGACUCUUUCAACGUUAACGCACACAAAUGGCUACUGGUGAAUUUUGACUGUUCUGCGUUAUGGGUAAAAAAUUCUAGGCGACUUAUCGAAGCGUUCAACGUAGAUAGAAUAUAUUUAGAACACGAUAACCAAGGGCUUGUUCCAGAUUACAGGCAUUGGCAAAUUCCUUUGGGCCGUCGUUUUCGUUCCUUGAAACUUUGGUUCGUGUUACGCAUCUACGGGGCGGAAGGCCUCCAGCGACACAUAAGACAUGCGAUCAAAUUGGCCACAAUGUUCGAGGAAUACGUGAAAUCUGACAAUAGGUUCGAAUUGAUGACUGAUAGGCUCAUGGGCUUGAUUUGCUUCAGAAUGAAGGGCGACAAUCAAUUAACCAAGGAACUUCUCAGCCGCAUAGCAGCCGAGAGAAAGAUUUACGUGAUUGCCGCAACCUAUCGCGACAAAUUAAUCAUGCGAUUCGUAGUGUGCAGUCGUUUGAGCCGUGAAGACGAUAUCAGGUUCGCGUGGAACGAGAUCACGAAACACGCGACAGAAAUUUUGCGAACACGAGCACCUUCUGAAGAAACGUUCGAGCAUUUUCAAAAAUCCUCGGACAAUAUAACGGAAACGAUCAAAUCUUUGCACUUCACGUCGAAAGCGCAACAAAUAACGUAG